CACUAAAACAUUCACUAACUAAAGAUGUCGGGAGAACUGCCAGCCACCUUUGUCAAAGGCUUCCACAAUGAGGAGCUGGUGCGACGCAUGGAGUACCGGGAGCUGGGCAACACUGGUCUGCGCGUAUCAAAGGUUGCAUUGGGCGGAGCCACACUCUCCGGCCUCCUAUACAACAACUUUGAUCGGGAGGAGGGCAUACGGACAGUGCAGGAGGCAAUCAAGUCGGGCAUCAACUACAUUGACACGGCCCCGGUGUACGGCAAUUCGGAAAAGCUGCUCGGCGAGGCUCUGAAGGGUGUGCCGAGGGAGGCCUAUUACUUGGCCACUAAGGUGGCCCGCUACGAGUUUGAUCCCCAGCGAAUGUUCGACUACACGGCGGCCAGGGCCAGGGAGAGUGUGAAGGAGAGCCUGCAACGCCUGGGCCUCGACCGGGUGGACAUCCUUCAGGUGCACGAUGUGGACGCCGCCCCCAGCCUGGACAUUGUUCUCAACGAAACCAUUCCCGUGCUAGAGGAGUAUGUGAAGGAGGGCAAAGCUCGGUUUAUUGGCAUCACCGGCUACGACUCGGCUGUGCUGCAGGAGUGCGCCGAGCGGGGCAAGGGUCGCAUCCAGGUGAUCCUCAACUAUGCCCGCUACACGCUGCUCGACAACACACUGCAGCGCCACAUGAAGGCCUUCCGGGAGCUCAAUGUGGGCGUCGUCUGUGCCUCUGCCCAUGCCCUGGGCCUGCUCUCUAAUUCGGGACCCUAUUCCUGGCAUCCGGCCAGUCCAGAGCUCCUCGCUCUGGCCCGACGUGCCGCCGACAUUUGCAAGGAGCGGAACGUGGAGCUGGGAAAGCUGGCCAUGUACCACACCAUGCAACUUGAGGGGGCAGGCACCUUCCUCACCGGCAUGCCCAAUCGCCAGCAGCUACAGACGAAUCUGAAUGCUUUCUUUGAUGGCCUCACGCCGCACGAACAGAGCGUCUUGCAGUAUCUGAAGGAAAAUGUUUUCACCAAGUCCCAUAGAUGGGGCUCCAUUCUGUCCACGGUCAAUAGGCUAGAGAAGUUGUAAAUAAUCUCUGGACGGAUUAACCAUGCCCUGAAGACGGAUACGGAAACGGUUUUCAAUUUGUAACAUUUAUACAUACAAAUAUAUGU